UAUUGUCAGAGGUAGAGCCACACCGGCCGCAAAUGACAACAGAAAAUAAGGAAUAUAAAAUAAAAUAAUAUAAUAAAUUUGUUAUCAUCUAAAAUAGGAAAGGCAUUAUUUGUCUGAAAUUAAAAUCCCUGUGAAAUGGGUAAGCACAGAACAGCCCAACAGGAUGCAAUCUUCGUAGCAUUCAUGGAACGACAUCCAAUCAUCUCUAAAAAUUAUCUUAAAGGCGACAAGCAAGCGGCGGAGGCAGCUUGGAAAAGAUUGACAAAUGAGCUAAAUAGUGUAGGUCCGCCUAUCAAGGAGGUCUGCGAAUGGAAGCGGGUUUGGAAAGACUGGAAAAGUUGCAUUCGAAAAAAAAUUACUAAUAAUCGGCUAGAGAACUCUAAGGCUACUGGCAAAGGAUCGUUAUACCAAGAUACUCUCACUCCGCUGGAGGAUGCAGUUGCUGUAAUCUGCGACCUGUACGAUAUGGCAGAUACCAUCACCGAGGGCUGCCCCAAGGAUCAAGCUGAAAUGAGCCACGGUGUUUCUUUGAAAUUCAUAAAAACUGACCAAGACGAUUCCACGGUGACAGAUCACUAUGAAGAUGAGGAUUGCUCCAUCAAUAUUAGACGUUUGGGUGGUCAGUUAGAGCAUAGUUCUAGCGCUAACACAUCACAGACUACUCCUAAAAAAAGAAAGCGGUUUAAAGAAACUACUUUCGAAAUUGAACAGGAACUUUCUGUUCCGGUCCUCUUGGAUAUAGCAAGGGAGCUUAGUGACUUAAAUAGGCAAUCCCGCUUAAACGCCCAGCGAACUAAAGCUAACACGGAAGCAUUAUUUGCUUUGAGUACGCAGAUAGCCGAUUUAAUGCAGCAGCAGUUAAAAGAACGUAAGCGUCUUAACGCGAUAAUGGAGAAAUUUGUACUGAAAAUGGAAUCCUCAGAUUAGAGCCAACAUAAAAACUAUAGAUUAUGGAUUAAAAUUAAUUAAGAAUAUCCUAUAUUUCAAUCCCGUAUAUCCUUAUCAGCUUUAACAAUAUAAAUAAUAAAUAAAACAAGAGAGAAUGCUAUAGUCGAGUUCCCCGACUAUCAGAUA